CAACUCUCUGCACAUUCUUCACUCGCAUAGAGAGUUAAACAUACAGUAGAAAGAAAAACAUGAGUUCAGGAAGCUGGAGCCACGAGGUAGCUGCCAAUGUCCCCGCAGGGAAGCUGUUCAAGGCCGCGAUGCUCGACUGGCACAACCUCGGCCCUAAGAUUGUGCCGGAUUUCAUCGCCAGUGGCUCUGUUGUGUCCGGAGGUGGAGCUGUUGGAAGCGUCAGAGAGAUCAAGAUGAGUAACCCUGAACUACCUUUCAACUACCUGAAGGAGCGCCUGGAUUUCGUAGACCAUGAGAAGUUCGAGGUGAAAAACACCCUUGUAGAAGGCGGAGGUUUGGGAAAGCAGUUUGAAUCGGCCUCCAAUCACUUCAAGUUCGAGCCAUCAGGCAACAACGGAUGCAUUGUCAAGGUGACCGCAACGUACAAGCUUCUCCCUGGUGUCACCGUUGAGAGUGCAAAGGCCAAAGAGGGUGUAACCCACCACAUCAAGGCAGCUGAAGCUUACCUCCUCGCUAACCCAACUGCCUACGCUUAAGUAUAUGCUUAGGUUUCUAAUUUGGUGUUGUGAGUUCGAAUAAAGAGAGUGCUCCUGAUGGUGAUGGCUAUGCAUGGUUAUACUUUUUGUUGCCUGAGUAUUAAAAGUUUGUAGUCGUGUGUCGUGAAGUAAUAUUGGUUAUUAAUUUGCUCCUUGGUUGCAGUAAAUUAAUAAA